AGUCGCCAUUUUCUCACAUAAAAUGCGCAAAUAUGACUUUAUCAUUAGUUAAUACAGCGACGCUUGUCAUUUUAGCGUCAAUGUCCAUUGUAUUUGCCGAUAAUGACAAGAGUCUGAUUUUAUCGACAAAAAAUGUCAAGGCAGACGUAACAUCGGACGAUAUCUUCACAGAUUUCGAGGAUAACCGCAUAAGCAUCCUGGUACUGUCCUCGUUGAACGGCAAUGACGGCGGGAGUAACGUCGCCCUUAAUGCAAGGAGUUUCGCUCCACUCAAUUUGGAGAAUUCCGUCACCAUCGAUGAGAACUGCGUUCUGCUAUGCGAGACGAUCAAGAGAAUAAAGAGAUCUGUGAGCCUAAACACCAUCAAGGCCCCUGAGUCCAUAGGCCUUGUCUCCAAGGGUCUAUGGCUAUACACUCCCUCAAUAGACCAAAAGGCUGUGGCUGAAUUUGGAGGGCUCUUCGCCAAGGCUAAAAAGGAUAACCAGAUUACAUUUGUGGCCACAACUUGCAGCUGGAAUGGUUUAAUGGAACCAGAAAAACGAAAACAAAAGAACGAGAAUGAGGUUGAGAUUAGGACUACUCCAGUUAUAGUACAACAGAUUUCAGUGCUGCUCUUGUUCUCCUUGAUUUUGGCAAUGGGUCUCUAUUAUACACUCGACGUAAAGACUCCUAGCUCAUUACUUGUGCCUCCGCAAAUGCAAAAAAAGAAGACUAACUAAGUAUAUUUUC